AUGAAUUACACAAUUUGUCAGCGUAUCAGCUUUGACUUCUCGGGCAAAUUCCUCCCUCCAGUUUACAUCUUGGUGUUCAUCAUCGGUGUAGCAGCCAAUGGAUGGGGAUUGAAGUCUUUGCUGCACAACUGGAAGAAACUGGGUAACGUCAACAUCUUUGUUCUCAACCUGGGACUGGCGGACUUUCUUUACCUGCUUACACUUCCAUUUUUGAUUGUGUACUUCUUAAUGAAGAGUAAAUGGAUCUUUGGAGAAGUUUUCUGCAAGAUUACAAGAUUCUGCUUCAACCUGAAUUUGUACGGCAGCAUUGGAUUCCUCACUUGUAUCAGCAUGUACAGAUACCUGGCAAUCGUCCACCCGUUGAGAGUAAAGGGGAGAUUAACAGUGAAGCUCUCAGUGUCAAUCUCAGUCCUUGUUUGGUCCACGGUGAGUGUGCUCAGUCUUCCUGACAUGUUUUACCCCAAACAUCCUGAAAACAAGACUCUGAAAUGCUAUGAUACCACAACUGACGCCCACGUGGAGGAUUACCAAAAAUACAGCCUUGGAUGGACACUCAUUGGGUUUGGUAUCCCGCUCCUCAUCACUCUGGGCUGCUAUGGACACGUGAUAGUCACUCUCUGUCGUACAAACACCAUAGACAAGGUCCUGAAACAGAGAAGUUUGAUGUUGUUGUUCAUCUUGAUUCUUCUUUUCUCUGUUUGUUACAUUCCCUAUCACGUACUGAAGAACCUCAACCUUUUGGCGAGAGUUCUGACCAAAGAGGGGACAUGUCAAGGAUGGUUCAAUGGAGUCUACAUCGCUCGUCAGAUAAGUCGUGGUCUCGUGUCUCUCAACAGUGCUCUAAAUCCUCUGGUUUACCUUAACGGACAUGAGGACAUCAGUGCUCAGCUCAGACGACUUCUCCAGCGAGUUCGUCAGAUGUUCAGCCGUGUGUCUUCAACAAACUUCAGCAGUGUUCCAGUGACACAAACCACACAUGACAUUUAAAUCAAACAUGAGUACUUCAAGCAACUAAAACGCUUUUGAGAAACUGAAAGAGGGCAUUGACUGGAAGGACAAGCUGGUGGGCUUUGGAGCAGAUGGAGCAGCGGUCAACAUGG